AAAAUUAGGGGUUUUUUUUUAUAUAUAGAGGAGAGACGCAAUCGCUUUUGUUUUUGUGUUAUUUUCUUCAUCUUCAUCGCUGCUUUUCAGAAAAUUUUCUUCAAAUCCUCUCCCAAAUCUAAAAGGGUUUUUUCUCAAAUCAAAGAUGUCGGCGAAGAAGAUCGUGUUGAAGAGUUCCGAUGGUGAAUCUUUCGAGGUUGAUGAAGCGGUGGCUCUCGAGUCACAGACCAUAGCGCAUAUGGUUGAAGACGAUUGCGUCGAGAACGGAGUCCCUCUUCCUAACGUGACGAGCAAGAUCCUCGCCAAGGUGAUCGAGUAUUGCAAGAAGCACGUCGAGGCUGCUGCUGCUAAGAGCGAGGCCGUUGAGGGUGCUUCGACCGAUGACGACCUCAAGACCUGGGACGCUGAUUUUAUGAAGAUCGAUCAGGCUACGCUCUUUGAACUCAUUCUGGCUGCUAACUACCUGAACAUCAAGAACCUGCUUGACCUAACAUGUCAAACCGUGGCUGAUAUGAUCAAAGGCAAGACUCCAGAAGAGAUCCGCACAACCUUCAACAUCAAGAACGACUUCACACCAGAGGAAGAGGAAGAGGUGCGCAGAGAGAACCAAUGGGCUUUUGAGUGAUCCUUUUCACAGAGAGAUGUUCAGAAACCAACCUUGUCUCUUUACUUAUGUUUAUUGCACUUUCCAGUGUUUGAUAACUUGCUCUUUUUAAUAUUCAUGACUAUGUUCUUCUUCUUCCCUCCUUGUGCUCUCUCUCAUGAUCUAGAACCAUCAAUGUCUUUUUACUCUUUGGAUAAUUUGUGCUCUUUUUUAGAUAUCUUAAAGAGUGAUUGUUGGUUUGCCUUGCAAA